AUGGGCGCGGCUAUCGCGCCAGCAGCUGGGGACGGCUGUGGCCGAAAGGUGGGCGCGUGCAAGCGGCCCGCCGAUUUAAACCAGGGUCCCUGGGUUCGUCGCGCGCAGUCGCUCGGUCGCCUGUGGUGGCCGCUCCUCCCGAUCUUGCUCUUCGUCAUGAUCAUCACACAUGGCCAGCUGCUCGCUUUCCUCUUCCUCCGCAUUUCCCCGAACCCCAUCUCCGCAUCCUCCGCCGCGUUUUCCGCUUCUUCCGUCUCCGCCGCAGCCGCUGGACUCGUCAAAUCUGUCCGUCAAAGUAUUUCGGCGUUCUCCUCUUUCUCCUCCGCAGCCGCCGCCGGCGGCGGAAUCGCGUGGUUGUUCGCCGUGGUUCUUAUCCGCGGCGUGUGCGAGCCGAUAGCGGCGCUACUGCUGCUCGACUCGCUACUGCUCACGCUCUCCGGUCUCGUGCUCUGGCACAGGGCACGACGGCAAGAGCGCCUGCAGACAGCAGCCGCAAUUCGCGCCAGAGCUAAUAAGAGAGCUACUACGGCUCCUAACGGGGUAGAUAGCGCGGUUGUUGGCAGUGGUGACGUGUGGGAGGAGAGUGGUAACAGCAUGGCGGUUAACUUGGGCGUCGCUGCGUCCGCCGGUUGCGACUGGGAUGGCGCCGCCGCGUCCGCCGCGUCCGGCGGCGCGCUCCCCGCGACGUCCACGUGGCCCGCCGUGCUGGUGCAGCUGCCCAUGUACAACGAGCGCGAGGUGUACGCGCGCGCGAUCGCCGCGGCGUGUAAUCUGGAGUGGCCGCGGGGGCGGCUCGUGGUGCAGGUGCUAGACGAUAGCACGGACGCGGAGAUUUCGCGCGGAAUGCGCGCGGAGGUUGCGCGGUGGCGGAGCAAGCUGAGGUGCGGGGGCGCGAGCAAGGGCGCGCGGAACAGCUUCGGCGGAAGCAUCGACGUGCGGUACCGCCACCGCACGGACCGCACGGGGUACAAGGCGGGGAAUCUCCGCGAGGGGCUGACGGAGCCGUACGCGCGCGCAUGCGCGUUCGUCGCGAUUCUCGACGCGGAUUUCGAGCCUUCCCCCGACUGGCUCCUCCGCUCCGUCGCGCCGCUCGCGCGCGACCCGCAGCUCGCGCUCGUGCAGACGCGCUGGGCGUUUAGUAACGAGUCGGAGUGCCUACUAACGCGUCUGCAGGCCGUGGAGCUCAAGUGGCACUUCUUAGCGGAGCAGCUGUUCAGCUCAUCCGCGUUACAGUGCUUCGGCUUCAACGGCACCGCGGGCGUGUGGCGCACAGCGGCAAUCACGGACGCGGGGAGCUGGCGCGACGACACGACCGUCGAGGAUAUGGACAUCGCGGUCUGCUCCGCGGCGAAGGGAUGGCGCAUGCGGCUCGAGCCCACCGUGGAAUGCGCGAGCGAGGUCCCCGCGGGAUACGGCGCGUACAGGAAGCAGCAGCACCGGUGGACGAGCGGCCCCGCGAAUCUGCUGCGGCUGCGCGGCGGGGUGGUGCUUACCGCGGAGCGGUCCGCGCUAAGCUGGCCCGCUAAGCUGUAUUUCGUGGGGAUCUACAUGUUUCUUCGCCGGGCUGCCCGCCACUUGAUAGGAAUCUCCUUCUGGCUCUUCGUCCUGCCCGCGUAUCUCUUCUCCUCCGCGCUUCCGUCCGCCUUUUCCUCCGCCUCCGCUUCCGCCUCCGCGUUCCCCUUCCCCUGGGCAAUGGCUGCGCUGGUGCUGGUGUACCCGCUCUGCCUGUUCGCAUUCUCCCCCUCGAAGCUCCGCCUGCUCCCCGCGUACUUCCUCUUCCUCGGCGCGCUCCUCCCGCUGCGCGCGUACGCCACGGUGGCAGGACUGCUCAACCUAUCCAGCUCGCACACGUGGGACGUAACUCAGAAGCUGGGCCGGCGCGGCGCGGGCGGCGCGAAAGGAGAGGAGGAGGCGCAUGGGGAUGUGGAGGUGGAGUUGAUGUCUCUCUCUGCUCCGUCCACAGCAGCUGCAGUAGCAGCAGCACUGGCAGCACAAGAAGCAACUCCGUUCCUCCGCCUCCUCGCCAAUUCCCACCUGCUCCCACCGCCCACCGCGUCGGCUCCUCUCUCCGUCCGCCCUGCUACCACCGCGCAACCCAUGGCUCAACCCAUGCCUCAGAGCAUGAACCAGGGCGUGAACCACGCCGUGACUCACGGCGUGAACCAGGGCAUGGGCCAGCCAGGCAUGAAUCAGGGCGCGAGUCAAGGCGGAAUGAGUCACCCGAUGGGCCAAGGCAUGGGCCCUGGUCCGGGGGGGAUGCUACAGCCGGGGCCUGUGAUGCAGUAUAUGCAGCAGCCGAACAGCAACCCCAUGCCCGUGCAGUCACCCGCUCAGCCAGCAGCGCAGUCGCAGAUCGUGUGCACGGGGUGCCGCACGCUGCUUGUCUACCCCAACAACGCCUCCAACGUCCGCUGCGCGCUCUGCAGCACCAUCACGCCCGUGCCGCAAGCAGGCACGGAGAUGGCGCAGCUGGUGUGUGGGGGCUGUCGCACGCUGCUCAUGUACGUGAGGGGCGCCACUAGCGUGCAGUGCUCCUGCUGCCACACCGUCAACCUCUCCUCCGACCGUGAGUCUAACUCCUACGUCCACCUGCUCCCACCGUGUCUCCACAGCGUACCCGUGCUCCCACCCGCUCCCACCUUCUCCCACCUGCUCUGCACAGCCACCUGCUCGUGCCACAGGGGUGCCCUGGCUUGCUUGCAUGCCUGGUCCGCACUGCCUGCAUCGGCGAUGGGAUGCACCUCCUGUUGCCUCCUCCAACACACUGACUCUCCCUCACCCUCGGAGUUUUUGCCCCGUCCCUACUCCGUCACCCUCUCCUGCUCCCGCGAUUGCAUGACGCUCCCCCAUGCACUGAGAACCUGCACUUUCUAUUGUUUCCUCCACACACCUUCUGCACAACCCCAUCCUCUCUCUCGUUCCCCCUCCUCCUCCCUCUCCUUCUCCCCAAUCUCUCCCCCCCGACCUGCAGCAAACCACGUGGCGCACAUCAACUGUGGGGGCUGUGGCAUGACGCUCGUGUAUGCACAAGGGAUGUGCACUUCUGCUGCUUCAUCCACUCAGUGA